AUGAAGUACGAACGUCUUGCCUCCCUGGGUCUUGUUGCCCUUGGUGCCCUUUCCUCCGUGUCUGCUCGGCCCAUUGAGAUCCCCGAUGACGAUGAGUGGGACUGUGGUGAGGACGAGGUCGCUGUCAGCACCUACUACAAGACCCUGACUGUUGCGGUGACUCCCACUGCUGCCGCCGCGGUCGAGACCUCUACCUUGUCCGUGAUUGUCCCUACUACUGUCGUUGCCACUACUACUGUCGUUGCCACUACGGCUGCUCCUGCUGCUGUCGAGGCCACUUCAGUCGUUCAGGCUGUGACUGUCAGCACGGCCGAGGCUGCUACCACUGCUGCUACCACCGCGGCUGCCGAGGUCACUGCUGCCUCCGUUGUGGAGAAGAAGGCCAGCACCAGCACCAGCACCAGCACCAGCACCAGCACCACUGCCACCAGCGCUGCCACCUCGUCCUCCUCCUCCUCCAGCAGCACCAGCAGCAGCCUGAGCUCCGAGUUCUCCGGUGAAGCCACCUUCUACGGCGGCAACGUCGACGGCGGUACCUGCUCUUUCACCGGCUACACCAUCCCCUCCGGCCUCUACGGCACUGCCUUGGGAUCCCCUCGCUGGGACGACGCCGCUCAGUGUGGCUCCUGUGUCCAGGUCACCGGCCCGAGCGGCAACAAGAUCAAGGCCAUGAUCGUUGACGAAUGCCCCGAGUGUGACUCCAACCACCUCGACCUCUUCGAAACCGCCUUCGCCGAGCUGGCCGACAUCUCCGAGGGGGUCAUCAGCAUCGACUGGGAAUACGUGACCUGCGGCAUCACCACCCCGAUCAAGCUGAACAACAAGAGCGGCACCUCGGCCUACUGGUUCGCCAUGCAGGUCGAGAACUCCAACGAGCCCGUCACCGCCCUCGAGGUCAGCACCGACGGCGGCAGCACCUGGCAAUCCACCACCCGCUCCACCUACAACUACUUUGAAAACUCCAGCGGUUUCGGCACCGACACGGUCGAUGUGCGCGUCACUGCGCAGUCUGGCGCCAAGAUCACCGUCAACAACGUCAGCGUGUCGUCGGGUUCGUCCGUUACCGCCUCGUCUAACUUCUAG